AUGGAAUCUGGGAGAAGGGGAUGGAAUCUGGGAGAAGGGGAUGGAAUCUGGGAGAAGGGGAUGGAAUCUGGGAGAAGGGGAUACAAUCUGGGAGAAGGGGAUGGAAUCGGGGAGAAGGGGAUGGAAUCUGGGAGAAGGGGAUGGAAUCUGGGAGAAGGGUAUAGAAUCUGGGAGAAGGGGAUGAAAUCUGGGAGAAUGGGAUGGAAUUUGGGAGAAGGGGAUGGAAUCUGGGAGAAGGGGAUGGAAUCUGGGAGAAGGGGAUGGAAUCAGGGAGAAGGGGAUGGAAUCUGGGAGAAGGGGGUGGAAUCUGGGAGAAGGGGGUGGAAUCUGGGAGAAGGGGAUGGAAUCUGGGAGAAGGGGAUGGAAUCUGGGAGAAGGGGAUGGAAUCUGGGAGAAGGGGAUAGAAUCAGGGAGAAGGGGAUGGAAUCUGGGAGAAGGGGGUGGAAUCUGGGAGAAGGGGGUGGAAUCUGGGAGAAGGGGAUGGAAUCUGGGAGAAGGGGAUGGAAUCUGGGAGAAGGGGAUGGAAUCUGGGAGAAGGGGAUGGAAUCUGGGAGAAGGGGAUGGAAUCUGGGAGAAGGGGAUACAAUCUGGGAGAAGGGGAUAAAAUCGGGGAGAAGGGGAUGGAAUCUGGGAGAAGGGGAUGGAAUCUGGGAGAAGGGGAUGGAAUAUGGGAGAAGGGGAUGGAAUCUGGGAGAAGGGGAUGGAAUCUGGGAGAAGGGGACGGAAUCAGGGAGAAGGGGAUGGAAUCUGGGAGAAGGGGGUGGAAUCUGGGAGAAGGGGGUGGAAUCUGGGAGAAGGGGAUGGAAUCUGGGAGAAGGGGAUGGAAUCUGGGAGAAGGGGAUGGAAUCUGGGAGAAGGGGAUGGAAUCUGGGAGAAGGGGAUACAAUCUGGGAGAAGGGGAUAGAAUCGUGGAGAAGUGGAUGGAAUCUGGGAGAAUGGGAUGGAAACUGGGAGAAGGGGAUGGAAUCUGGGAGAAGGGGAUGGAAUCUGGGAGAAGGGGAUGGAAUCUGGGAGAAGGGGGAUGAAAUCUGGGAGAAUGGGAUGGAAUUUGGGAGAAGGGGAUGGAAUCUGGGAGAAGGGGAUGGAAUCAGGGAGAAGGGGAUGGAAUUUGGGAGAAGGGGAUGGAAUCUGGGAGAAGGGGAUGGAAUCUGGGAGAAGGGGAUGGAAUCUGGGAGAAGGGGAUGGAAUCUAGGAGAAGGGGAUGGAAUCAGGGAGAAGGGGAUGGAAUCUGGGAGAAGGGGAUGGAAUCUGGGAGAAGGGGGUGGAAUCUGGGAGAAGGGGAUGGAAUCUGGGAGAAGGGGAUGGAAUCUGGGAGAAGGGGAUGGAAUCUGGGAGAAGGGGAUGGAAUCAGGUAGAAGGGGAUGGAAUCUGGGAGAAGGGGAUGGAAUCUGGGAGAAGGGGAUGGAAUCUGGGAGAAAGGGAUGGAAUCUGGAAGAAGGGGGUGGAAUCAGGGAGAAGGGGAUGAAAUCUGGGAGAAGGGGAUGGAAUCUGGGAGAAGGGGAUGGAAUAUGGGAGAAGCGGAUGGAAUAUGGGAGAAGGGGGUGGAAUCUAGGAGAAGGGGGUGGAAUGUGGGAGAAGGGGAUGGAAUCUGGGAGAAGGGGAUGGAAUCUGGGAGAAGGGGAUGGAAUCUGGGAGAAGGGGAUGGAAUCUAGGAGAAGGGGAUGGAAUCUGGGAGAAGGGGAUAGAAUCUGGGAGAAGGGGAUGGAAUCGGGGAGAAGGGGAUGGAAUCUGGGAGAAGGGGAUGGAAUCUGGGAGAAGGGGAUGGAAUCAGGUAGAAGGGGAUGGAAUCUGGGAGAAGGGGAUGGAAUCUGGGAGAAGGGGAUGGAAUCUGGGAGAAGGGGAUGGAAUCUGGGAGAAGGGGGUGGAAUCAGGGAGAAGGGGAUGAAAUCUGGGAGAAGGGGAUGGAAUCUGGGAGAAGGGGAUGGAAUAUGGGAAAAGGGGAUGGAAUCUGGGAGAAGGGGAUGGAAUCUGGGAGAAGGGGAUGGAAUCUGGGAGAAGGGGAUGGAAUCUGGGAGAAGGGGGUGGAAUCUAGGAGAAGGGGGUGGAAUGUGGGAGAAGGGGAUGGAAUCUGGGAGAAGGGGAUGGAAUCUGGGAGAAGGGGAUGGAAUCUGGGAGAAGGGGAUGGAAUCUGGGAGAAGGGGAUGGAAUCUGGGAGAAGGGGAUAGAAUCUGGGAGAAGGGGAUGGAAUCGGGAAGAAGGGGAUGGAAUCUGGGAGAAUGGGAUGGAAUCUGGGAGAAGGGGAUGGAAUCUGGGAGAAGGGGAUGGAAUCUGGGAGAAGGGGAUGGAAUCUGCGAGAAGGGGAUGGAAUCUGGGAGAAGGGGAUGGAAUCUGGGAGAAGGGGAUGGAAUCUGGGAGAAGGGGAUGGAAUCAGGGAGAAGGGGAUGGAAUCUGGGAGAAGGGGAUGGAAUCAGGGAGAAGGGGAUGAAAUCUGGGAGAAGGGGAUGGAAUCUGGGAGAAGGGGGUGGAAUCUGGGAGAAGGGGAUGGAAUCUGGGAGAAGGGGAUGGAAUCUGGGAGAAGGGGAUGGAAUCUGGGAGAAGGGGAUGGAAUCAGGUAGAAGGGGAUGGAAUCUGGGAGAAGGGGAUGGAAUCUGGGAGAAGGGGAUGGAAUAUGGGAGAAGGGGAUGGAAUCUGGGAGAAGGGGAUGGAAUCUGGGAGAAGGGGAUGGAAUCUGGGAGAAGGGGAUGGAAUCUGGGAGAAGGGGGUGGAAUCUAG